AUGAUUCAAGAAAACGGCGCGAACCAACGACUGUCGGUACUUAAUCAGCGACCCUCGGUCUUGAGCGGACCAGACCUUCUCCACGAGCUUGUGCGUCCAUUUGAUCAUGACGCAACUGCUAUCGAUUUCCUGGAAUAUGGAUCGAAAAGGCGGAAGUUCUCCUACAAGAACUUGCAUAGUCUGAGCGAUGCCUUGGCUGGCAGGAUCACAGAUAGAUUGGCAAAGCUCGAAAGUGCCUCGCCUGUCAUUCCGGUCUUCCUACCACAGUCCCCAGAGCUGUAUAUUGUUCUUUUGGCCAUUUUGAAGGCAGGCAAGGCCUUCUGCCCUCUUAAUCUCGACACACCUACAGAGCGGCUGAAGUUUAUCCUCGAUGAUAUUUCCGCUGACCUGCUCAUCUCAUCUUCGAUUCUAGAUGGGCGGAUACGAGCAGCGAUCAACAUCGAUGUGGUCUCCGUUGACAGCGAACUCGGCAACCGCGAAGACCAGCCUAAAAUCGAUUUGCGGCGACCAAACACCACCGAUCUAGCCUAUGUACUAUAUACCUCCGGCUCUACCGGGAAGCCUAAGGCUGUCAGCGUAACUCAUCAUGCAGUCACCCAGAGUCUAUUGGCUCACAACCGCCACAUUCCCGACUUCACCCGUUUUCUUCAAUUCGCAGCCCCUACGUUUGAUGUUUCCAUUUUUGAGAUAUUCUUUCCCUGGUUUCGAGGGCGAACCCUGGUCAGCAGCACACGUACGCACAUGCUCGAUGACCUUCCAGGAGCCAUUAACAAUCUAGAGGUCGACGCAGCUGAACUUACGCCAACAGUCGUGAGCAACCUUCUUCAGGGCAGGUCCAGUGUGCCCGGCCUCAAACUGUUACUUACCAUCGGUGAGAUGCUCACCCAACACGUCAUCGAUGAGUAUGGUGGUGACGAAAUAAAGGAGAGUAUGUUAUGGGCCAUGUACGGGCCAACUGAAGCCUCAAUUCACUGCACGCUGCAGCCACAGUUCUCGACACAUUCAUCAACUAGUAUCAUAGGCCGUCCCUUAGAUACUGUGUCAGCUUUCAUAAUCGCGCCUAUGACUGAGGAUCGACCAUCGGCUGGCAUUGAGAUACUGAGUUCCGGGGAGGUUGGUGAACUAACCAUCGGAGGACCCCAGGUUGCCGAAGGGUAUUUGAACCGCCCAGAUCUCACUUCUACAUCAUUCAUCGAACAUCCGGAAUAUGGUCGCUUAUAUCGUACCGGCGAUCGCGCAAGAAUCAACCGUCACGGGGUCUUGGAAUGCUUGGGCCGUAUCGUUGCUGGUCAGGUAAAGCUGCGAGGGCAACGGGUCGAGCUCGGCGAAAUUGAACAGGUUAUCAUGAGGAUACAGAGCUGUCGGACAGCAACCGUAAUCAUUGUCCAAGAGUCUCUGGUUGCCUUUUGCGCUGCCGACUCGCGCAAAGUCACCCGCGCAGAUGUUUUCGCUGUCUGUAACCAAUGGCUUCCGGCAUUCAUGAUCCCAUCAGACGUACACUUCAUCGAUACUAUGCCGCAGCUACCGUCAGGAAAGGUUGACAAAGAUGCUCUCGCAAAGACACAUCUUUACAAGACUGACUCUACUGGACCGUCUACGUCGACCACCAUAUCCACAGGCGAUCAUGUGAGCCAAGCAGUCCUGGGAACUUUUGGGCGUCAUAUUUCUCAAAACCUUGGAUCAGAUACAGACCUCAUCUCUGCUGGCCUGGAUUCCCUUCGAGCUAUUCGCAUAGCGUCUGCGCUACGUCGAGAGGGAUUCAUCCUAGGAGCGAUGGAAGUGCUAUCUGCGAGAACAUUGAGAGAUCUUGUUGCGAUAUGUAGAGAUUCUACACAAAGCGCUAAUCGGCAUAAUCCGACGCAUGAUUCUGCGAAGAUGAACGGCAACGUAGAGAUGCCUCAGCUCAAGCGGUGGAGGAACGAUAUCACAUCCGUGAUACCUUGUACUCCAUUGCAGGAAGCCAUGCUUGCAGAGACGAUGUCCAGGCCUACUGCCUAUUGUAACUGGAUCGAAGUUGAGCUAGCAAUUACGCGGACGUAUGAAGAUAUCCGAAACGCCCUGAACUACUUGGCCAGUAAGAGCGAGAUUCUGCGUACCGGCUUCGUUGCGGAAUCACAGCGCGCAGGAACGUUCUCGCAGAUCAUUUGGAGAGAAUUACUACCAGCACAGAUUCAGGAAGUUGACGUCUUUUCGAGAUCUUACUCAAUGAGCUCCGAUGAGGAAUUUCUUCGUCCAUUUCACGUACAAGUAAUGUCAAUCUCUGGACGACCCCGUCUGUUGUUCCGCAUACACCAUGCACUGUACGAUGGGUGGUCGUUCGAUUUAUUGCUCCACGACCUUGACACACGAUUGCAUGGAAAAGAAACAGUAUCGCGGCCACAAUUUCGUGAAGUAGUCCAGUACUUCACCCAAGUCAUGCCUGAAGAUCAAGAAGUACUCAAGGGCUACUGGAGUAGUCUCCUCGGUGGCUACCUUCCGGUGGCGCUCCCUAAUUACCAUGGAAAGCUUGUUCGCGAUCCGGCGACACAUCACUUUUCGGGCCGAUCUGCUGUCAACAGAUCCGAACUAUUCCAGCGAGCUCAGGAGAUGGUUGUCAACCCCCAGGUCUAUUUCCAGGCGGCUACUGCGUACAUACUCAGCCUUUAUAGCGGCACAAACGACAUAGUUCUUGGAAAUGUUACCUCAGGACGGACCAUUCCCAUCGCUGGCGUGGAGGAUGUUAUCGGCCCAUGCAUUGCAACCGUUCCUUUCCGCAUAAAUCUCGGUAACAUGCUUAACAUUCAUGAUCUGUUGCAUACGACCCAAGCAUUGAACAGAGAAUGUCUGAGUCACAGCACCCUUCCUUUCCGGGACAUAGUGAAGGCGGGGAAUAUCCCACCUGGGACACGGCUCUUCGACGUUUUGUUUGUAUGGCAACAGUCACUUAUCUCAGACUCAAGCUCGUCGCUCACUGCAAGAGUCAUCGACAGCGCGGACGAUCUGGAAUUCAGACUUACGCUGGAAUUCGAGCCGCGCGAGGACAACAUAUUUUUCCACGCUACGUACGACGCCUCAACUAUAUCAGAGCAUCAGAUCAAAUAUCUCUCUCGCCAGAUCGACGAGAUAGUGACCCUGCUCUUAUCAAACACCAACCAUGACAUCGAUGCCACGAAACGAUGCUUCACCACGCCUUCCUUGUCAAUCGCCAACCCCACGCCUCGACAGCGAACUAUAGAGCAUGGUCCUGCUCAUGCGGUAGAGCAAUGGGCCCUGAAAGAUCCGCGAAGGUCAGCUCUCAAAUUCGCUCGUGUCAAAUGUGGUGUCGUGGAAGUCGAAGAGGUGGCGACCUAUGGUCUGCUCAACACACGCGCUAACCAAUUUGCCCGUGUCCUCGCCGAUCAUGGCGUAGGCAACGAUCAAUUGGUUUGCAUCAUGAUGGAAAAGUCGACCGAGCUUUACGUCUGUAUCCUUGCUGUGCUCAAACUUGGUUGCGGAUAUCUACCGAUAGUCCCUGAUACGCCGAUCGACAGAGUCAGAAGCAUUCUGGACGACGCGCAAGUAAAGGUGUGCGUUUCCGACACAACAACUGCAAUAAGCAUUCGGAAUCAUCUUCCCGUCGACCUUAUUGAAUUCAACACCACCCAACUUGCGAAACAAUAUGAUCAGAACCUGGACAUGUCAUAUAACGGACAGCAUCUCGCCUAUGCUGUAUUCACUUCCGGCAGCACUGGAGCGCCCAAGGGAGUUCUUGUUACCCAGGAUAAUCUCAUGAGUAACUUGCAAUAUCUUUCAACUAUAUACCCCGUUCCUGCGGGCUCAUGCCUGCUUCAGUCUUGCUCGCAAGCAUUUGAUGUCAGUGUCUUCGAGAUAUUCUUCUCGUGGCACGUUGGCAUAUGCCUAUGCACGGCAACGAAAGACGACUUGUUUCACGACUUUGAGGCUGCGAUCAAUUGUCUGGGCGUCACACAUCUAAGUCUUACGCCAACCGUUGCAGCAUUGGUAGAUCCAGAGAAUGUGCCGAAAGUCGAAUUUCUGGUGACUGCUGGAGAAGCUUUGACGGAACAUGUUCGAAGAAUGUGGGCAGGCAAAGGCUUGUACCAAGGCUACGGUCCUUCUGAGACCACAAACAUAUGCACUGUACGAGCGGCGGUAACUCCGGAUGAUCUGAUCAACAACAUCGGUAUGCCUUUCGAUAAUACUUCAGCCCUCGUGCUUGAUCCCGAAAGCGAGGCAAUUCUCCCCCUCGGUGCCGUAGGUGAGCUUUGUUUCGGAGGGUACCAGGUUUUCCGUGGCUAUUUGAACCGACCGGAGCUGAAUGCCGCGAAGAUCAUCAACCACUCCACUUAUGGUAGAAUAUACCGGUCAGGCGAUACAGGUAUACUACUCCCGGACGGAUCCAUACUUUCCAAAGGCCGUAUGGAUGAUCAAGUCAAGAUUCGUGGUCAGCGUGUCGAACUCGGUGAGAUAACCUCAGUGAUACUCGAUCAUCAGGCAGUGCAAGACUGCGUCACCCUUCUCCUACCGCGUUCCGACGAUACCCAAACACUGGUAGUGUUCUGGGUACCCGACGGAGCUGCAUCUAACUCUUUCCAACGUUUGGAGCCUAUGGGGUUUGAAUCCGUGAUAUCGGAUCUGUCUGAUCUGCUAUCGCGCCGCCUGCCUUCAUACAUGAUUCCCUCGCACCUCGUUCCCGUUUCGCGCCUUCCAAUGACAAUGCAAGCCAAAAUCGACAAAGCUCUCCUUCAACGUAUGUUCUGGGACUUAGCGGAAGAAGAACAGGUCGCCCUGCACUGGACCCAGGGCGAUGAAAAGGUGGAGGAUUUCUCACCGUGGGAGAAAGCCGUGGCCCAGGUUCUUUCAUCGAUACUCAAUAUCUUACCAGAAGGAAUCCAGCGGACGUCAUCAUUCUUCAGUCUGGGUCUGGAUUCAGUUUCAGCUAUACGCUUUUGCAACGGACUUCGAAAACAGGACUUGGGUGACUUCUCCAUCUCUACAGUAUUGAAGAACGCUUCAAUCGCUCGUCUCGCAUCUGUCUGUCGACUGCAUCCGCGACCAUCGACUCGGGAAACGGCUAAGCCUAAUACCGUCAGCCUAGACAAUUUCUUGAAACCAGAAGAAGUGUCUCGUGUUCUUGCGCGUUACACUAAAAGCGGAUCACAGGUGGUAAAGAUCCUACCGUGCACACCACUUCAAGAGGCUAUGCUUUCAAGCAGCCAGCCGUCCUCACAUUCGGCGUACUGCAACAUAAUGCUUUUCGACGUCAAAGGAGACGUCUCUCGGUUGCAGGAGUCCUGGACGAGUAUGCUACGGCGACAUGAGAUCCUUCGCACAUGUUUCGUUGCUACUGAAAACCCGUCAUUCGCCUUCACGCAAGUUGUGCUACGCAAUACUAAGCUGAAUUGGCAUCACUACAACACCCUGGACGGCCUACCGCCCCGUAUAAACAGCGCUAUUUCUGACCAACUAGCAGCCGAAAGCCCUCCAAUUCACCUCGCGUUGAUACAAGACGGGCGAUCAACAAAGCUACUUUUUGGCUGCCACCAUGCGCUCUACGACGGCAUUGCUAUCUCUACGCUCAUUCAGGAAGUACAAGAUACGUAUCUCGGCAUCAAAAUUCCGCCACCGGUGUCUUACGAUGUAUAUCUGCAAUAUAUGCUCCAGCAAGAUUAUGCAGAGGGUGAUAAGUAUUGGGCCACUCUAUUGAGCGGGUUUGAGCCUACGCUCUUUCCCAAUCUUACCGGCAACGAUUCAAGAGCCCAAGGAAACCCUGCAUCUUCAUCGAAAUGUCUACAACUACCACUCUCCACCAUACGCACAGCAUGUCAAGACAUGUCGCUGUCAUUACUGUCGGUAGUGCACGCGGCUUGGGCCAAGCUUCUGCGCUUCUAUACAGGUGAAAACGACAUUUGCUUCGGAAACGUCGUUAAUGGACGCAAUAUCUCCAGAGACGACCUCGGUCGCAUCAUUGCUCCUUGCUUUAAUACCUUACCCUUGACACCGCUCCGUCGCAUACAAAGCACUGUACUCCGUGAGGGUGGCCGUCUUUUUGACACCUUGGUGAUACUUCAGCAGCCGAAAACAACCUUGGACUCCACUAUCUGGACACUUGAACAAGAUCUGGGUGACAUGGAUCUACCCAUCGUAUGCGAGCUUAUUCAAGAUCCGGCCCAGAAUACUCUAGAGUUAUCACUGCACUACCAGACAUCACUGUUGUCUGAAGCGGAAGGUCAGCUGGUAAUGGAAACCUUUGACACCUGCAUUUCAUCAUUGCUGGCGUCUCCGGAAAUGAGCUCCACCGACAUAAGCACACUGCCAGCUCACCUUCGAGCAGAGUCCAACAUGGCUUAUGAGCGAUGCCAAACCGACGCAGCCUUGCUACAUUCGGGUUUCGAACGCAUCGCAGCAAUGCACCCCGACCGUGUCGCCUUGGAAUACUUGCUUCCAGAUGGUGGAAAGACGAUUUGGUCUUUCGCGACUUUGAAUGAAAAAGCAAACUCUGUUGCACAUGCGCUCAUUGGACAAGGGAUUGGUCCUGAAGAUAUCGUCCCAAUUCACAUGCAGAAGAGCCCUUGUUUCUAUGCAAGUUUUCUGGGAGUUAUGAAAGCUGGGGCUGCUUUUGCACCGGUAUAUCCUGGUUUGCCUGAAGCACGCAGACGAGUUAUGUUCCAAGAGCUGAAGCCAAAGCUUGUGCUUUGCUCGGAAACCUCAACACUUCCCGCUCAUCUAAUUGAAGCGAGGGUUGUCAACGUUGAAGCUAUAACAUCUGCGCCGCAUCAUAAUCCCGUCAUUGAAGGCCUCGUGGACUCGAAUCUAGCCUAUUGUCUGUUCACCUCUGGCUCUACAGGCGUACCGAAAGCGGUCAGCAUGGAACAUCGUGCUCCUGUCCAGACCAUCGCAAGCUCAGAGUCCCGCAUUCCCUGGAACACUUCCUCACGACUGCUACAAUAUGCGGCUGUAACUUUCGAUAUGUGCUACUACGACUGUUUCUUGGCUUGGACCCUUGGGUUCACGCUCUGUACCACUGACCAGAAUGAGUUGUUGAACGACCUACCGAAAGUCAUCAAUUCUUUGCAGAUCAGCUUGCUCGACCUGACCCCUUCAGUAGCGGUUUUGCUCAAGAGAUCUGAUAUACCGAGCGUCAAGUUAUUGUACUGCAUCGGAGAAGCCAUGGCGCACGUUAUCGUGAAGGAAUGGGGCGAUGCAUGCGUCAACUCGUACGGGCCUACUGAAGCUGCAUUCUGUACGACAAUAAGCCCUGUUUCAGUAAACGGUCGUGUUUCAAUCAUCGGCAAACCCUUCCCAAGCACAUCUUUUGCAAUCUUCUCGCCAGGAUGCAAAUCGAUCUUGCCUAUGCUGAGCACCGGCGAACUCUACAUUGGAGGCGCACAACUCGCACGAGGCUACCUCGGCAAUCCCGAUCUGACAAGCGAACGGUUUGUCAUUUGGGGUGGGCAACGCUUUUAUAAGAGUGGCGACAUGGCGAGGAUGCUGAGUGACGGCAAUUUCGAAUUCAUAGGACGCACUGACGAUCAGGUCAAGAUACGCGGGCUCAGGGUAGAGCUCGGCGAGAUCAAUCACGUGCUCCAGAAUUCCCAUUCAGAGGUUGCGUUCGUCACUACACAGAUCUUGAGAAAGGAGAAGACAGGCAAGGACCAACUCGUGGCAUUUCUGGUUACGCGUGGCAAGAUCGAAGAGAGUGAGCUCAAGAGGAUUGCAAGCAGCCGGCUACCGUCUUACAUGGUACCCCAAUUCUUUCUCUUUGUCGACAAGAUUCCGAGAUCAAUGGCUGGGAAGAUUGACAAGAAAGCGUUGACGAACAUAUUCCGAGACCGCAGCGGUACCCAAUCGCUCACUAAUGAAUUUCGACAUGGCUCAGAUCAUCAAUGGACGCACGUGGAAACCGAGGUGAGGGACAUUUUUGCGCGAUUAUCCGACGCUUCGCAAGAAGAGAUCUCCCCAACAACCUCCAUCUACCAGCUCGGUCUUGACAGCAUCAGCGCAGUGCAAAUUGCAGCUGCUCUUCGAAAGCAAGGUUACUCCGUGAAUGCUGCCGAUGUUCUAAGUCACACAACAUGCGUCGAUCUUGCCGCUUUCAUAGAUCAAGCGAAAGCAUCGGAGGUGUCUGCACCUUUGCAGUUCGACUUUGGUGCUUUUGAACGCAAGCACAAGACGCAGGUACUAAGUGACCAUAGCGUCUCUGAUGAGUAUGUCGUAGCCGUUCGUCCUUGCACUCCACUCCAGAAGGGCAUGAUAUCACAAUUCCUCGCGACAGAAGGAGCUGUGUAUAUGAAUCACAUUCGUAUGCAGUUGGAAGUGGGUACAGACCUCGAAAAGCUCAAGAAAGCAUGGGAUGUGACGAGAGAACGCCACAGUAUACUGCGCAGCGGAUUCGCUCAGAUCAAGGAUCCGCUUCACGCCUUCGCGAUGAUUGAGUAUACUCCAACUUCGACGGAUCUGCCAUGGUCUAUCACCUCAAGCACUACCUCCGACCCGAUUGAUAAAUGGCUCCAAGGCAUACAACGCGCAUUCUUGAAAAGAUUAUAUUUACCACCUUGGUCGUUGCGCAUCAUCCAAGAAGAGGGUCACUUCGCUGUUGAUCUGGCCAUGUUCCAUGCUCUCUUCGAUGCGCAAAGUCUUCAGUCUAUCUUGAAUGAUGUUACUGCUGCAUAUGAGGGCCGCGCUUUGCUGCCGCCUACAUCUAUCGACACAAUCAUUAGCAGUAUUAUACAGCUCAGUGCUACAAGGACGGAAGACGGAGAAGCAGUAUGGAUUGAAAUUGGGAAGGGUGCAAAUCCAUGCCGCUUUCCCAAUCUCACACCUUUGAGACAUUGUCCAAGCCCCCCUUCCGUUUGCACUCGCCAAUCCACGAAACCGCUUCAUAUCCUGGAGAAUGGCUGUCGGAAUACCAACAUUACUAUGCAAGCCGCAGGCAUUGCGAGUUGGCUUUCAUUGUUGAGCUCUUACACUGGAGAAAGCUCAGUAACAUGCGGAGUUGUCUUAUCCGGUCGAACCUUUGACGGAGCCGAGGAUGUCGUCUUUCCAUGCAUCAACACAGUACCCAUAGCAUGCACCGUUUCGAAAGACAUGGCUGUGACUCUUACUAACAUUAUGGCGUUGAACACCCAAAUCCAGCAAUAUCAAUCCACAUCACUCAACAAGAUCCAGAGAAUUAUGGGCUUUCCAAACGAAGCAUUAUUUGACACAAUUUUCGCUUACCAGAAGCUGUCUAGUCGUACAGAAUCUAGCCAGUUAUGGAGAGUUGUUGAAGAGAACGCGGCUAUUGAGUACCCGAUUUCAAUCGAACUGGAACCGAUGGAGGGGUACUUGGAGUAUCGUCUUACGUUCUUGCCUCAUAUCGUACCAAACGAGCAAGCCGCUCUGAUCCUCGAGCAGCUAGACCACUUGAUGGAGAACUAUACGUCAAGCAUUACUGCGACCGAGACCCACUUCUCCGAACAACUAUACUCUAUCACGCCUGCUAAAGAACCUGAACUGCCAUCUGAUGUUAGGUUACUCCACGAGCUGGUCGAGAGCACUGCGACGAAGUACCCUAGGCGUGUCGCGUUUGAGUUCGUUUCCGCGAAAGACAAGGGCUCACGUACUAUUGAGCAAUGGACGUAUGCUGAGCUAGAUGCUGAGGGUAACAGAAUUGCUCACCUUAUCACUUCGCAUGGUGUGCAGCCUGGUAAUCUGGUUGGUGUGUGUUUCGACAAAUGUCCUGAAGCAUCUUUUGCCAUGCUGGGGAUAUUGAAGGCUGGCUGCGCUUUUGUCGCUAUCGAUCCUGGUGCGCCUGCUGCACGUCAGGCUUUUAUCGUUGAAGACUCGCGCGCUCAAGCUGUUAUAUCUCUAUCUUCUCAAGCUGGUCAGUUUGAGGGCAGCGUUAGUGUGCCAGUACUAAAGCUUGACAAGAUCGACUGGCGUUCACUACCCGGAUCUUCGCUUUUGCGCAACGAUCAGAUCCAUUCUCAGGAUCGUAGCUACUGCUUGUAUACUUCUGGUACUACAGGUACGCCAAAAGGCUGCGAGCUUACUCAUGAGAAUGCUGUGCAGGCGCUUCUUGCUUUCCAGCGCUUGUUUGCCGGACAUUGGGACACGAAUUCGCGAUGGCUUCAAUUCGCCUCAUUCCACUUCGACGUUUCAGUCCUUGAGCAGUACUGGAGUUGGUCGGUCGGCAUAUGCGUCGUUUCAGCACCUCGGGACCUCAUCUUUGAAGAUCUGGCAAAGACCAUCUCUAAUCUCAAUAUCACCCAUAUCGAUCUGACGCCCAGUCUCGCCCAAAUUCUCCAUCCAGAUGACGUACCCAGCCUUUGUGAGGGCGUCUUCAUUACCGGCGGCGAAAGCCUGAAACAAGAAAUCCUUGAUGUGUGGGGUCCAAAAGGCGUAAUUUACAACGGAUAUGGGCCGACGGAAGCAACGAUAGGAUGCACCAUGUUUCCACGCGUUCCAUCCAAUGGAAGGCCCUCCAAUAUCGGCCCUCAGUUUGACAAUGUGGGGUCUUUGGUUCUUCAUCCCGGAUCCGAAGUACCUGUCCUACGAGGUGGCGUAGGCGAACUCUGUGUUUCAGGAAAACUCGUUGGCAGAGGCUACCUCAAUCGCCCAGGGCUGACUGCAGAGCGCUUCCCUCACCUUGAACGUUUAGGUGGGCGUGUGUAUCGGACCGGCGAUCUUGUUAGAAUCCUACACGAUGGCACAUUCCAGUUCCUUGGGCGGGCAGACGACCAGGUCAAAUUACGUGGGCAACGCCUCGAGGUAGCCGAGAUCAACUCCGUCAUCAAGCAGUCCAGCUCGGCGAUCUCUGAUGUUGCAACGCUAGUACUAAAGCACCCAAAGCAGCAAAAAGAGCAGCUGGUUGCCUUCGUUGUGUGUAGCAAACUCUCCAGGGCACAACCUCAGGUACAGCUAGGCGAGUUCGGGGCGAUGGGGAUCGCGAAGGAAGCCUGCCAUGAAAAACUUCCUCCAUACAUGAUUCCCACGCACUUAGUUCCUCUCUCUACAAUGCCAUUGAACAUUAACAACAAGGCGGAUGCCAAAAAGCUCAAGGAACUUUACGACGCGCUUUCCUCUAGCGAUCUGCAGGCAAUCUCGGCCACUUCAAACGACAAAGACGAAGUUUGGUCGAAGUAUGAGAAGAAGCUUCGUCAAGUACUCUCUCAAGCUCUAGGUGUUAGCGAACAAUCUAUCAGUAAGGAUACUAGCUGCUUCGAGAUGGGCAUGGACUCGAUCUCCGUCAUUGGAAUAUCACACACACUCAAGCAGUCAGGCUUCGCAAGUGCUACUGCAUCUGUAGUAAUGCGAUGCCCAACCAUUCGACGUCUCGCCAGAGCCUUGGAGGCUGGCGGCCCCACUGAUCAGGCUUAUGGAUCUGUCCUCGCGGCACAACAAUCUAUUCACGCAGUACAGCACCGCUACAAACGGUCUGUCGCUCAAUCACUCUCGAUCGAAUCCAGCGUCAUCGAAGUCGUCGCGCCAUGUACUCCUUUACAACAAGGCAUGAUCGCGAGAUCUCUGGAGAGCGAGAACGGACUUUAUUUCAAUACCUUCCAUUUCAAGCUAUAUGACAGCAUCGAUGAACGAAGGCUUGAAGCCGCAUGGGAAAAGGUACAUGCUUUAACUCCCAUACUUCGUACGGUCUUCGUCAACACGGAAGAAGGUCAUGUGCAGGUAGUUCUCCGUGCUACUCAUCACAGUGGAAUGGCACACACUUCAACCAAAGAACACCACCUCGCUAAAGACCUACAAUCGUUGCGACAAGGCUGGUUAGAGUUCAAUCAACCCGAUAUUAGACAACCUUUUGAGUUACAUCUCAUCACUAGCCCAACGCAGAAGCUACUAUCUGUUCACGUCUUUCAUGGACUCUACGAUGGCAACAGCAUCGAGCUCAUCUUCCGGGCCGUUUGGGACGUCUACAACGACAGGAAUGCACAAUUACAUGCACCUGCUUUCCACACUGCGCUUGCUCAUGGUCCGCUCAGUAUCCCUGACGGGGCGAAGGAGUUCUGGCAGAACCAUCUGGAUAAGCAAACCCUUCAUUUACCCACCGUAUCCAGCGAGGCUAGCCAAGAAGCUGUGGUUGUUACACGUACACUGUCUGGGUUGACCGGUUUCGACUCUGUGCGACGCCAACUCAAUGUUACAGCACAAGCUAUUGCCCAAGCUUGCUGGCUCAGCGUACUUUGCGAGCAGGUCAAAAGAGCUGUGACGGUUGGAAUAGUCGUCUCUGGACGCAGUAUCGACCUUGAAGGUGCAGAUCGCAUCAUAGGGCCAAUGUUCAACACCAUCCCCUAUCAACAUUGUGCUCAGCGAGGCGAAUCUUGGUCAUCGGCAAUCAAACGAGUGCACGAUUUCAACGUCGAAGCUCAUCCUUAUCAGCACACUCCACUGAGACAAAUCAUGAAGUGGUUCAAAAGAACUCCAAGCCAGCCUCUCUUCGACAAUCUCUUCGCGUACCAAAUCGCUCAGGGAGAUGACGAGUGGGCAAAAAACGACGCUUGGGAGAUCAUGGACAGUGAUACUGUCGCUGACUACCCUCUGGCUCUCGAGGUUGAGCAACGAAGGGGCGAUGUGUUCAAGUUGACAUUGGUCAGUCAAGAUCAUGUCGCACAUGAGUGUCUGGCGAAUGAGCUUCUUGAUCGAUUCGAAGAAGCAUUGCGACAGGUCUUAGUAGAUCCGUCUACUAUUCCUGAAGUAACCUUCGAAGAUGGAGUGAUGCAAAACGGUAUAAUAUCCGAAAAUGAAAAGAUCCGCAACGGCGACAAGACGAGCGAUUUUAAAUGGACGAGCGAUGCCAUCAAGAUCAAAGAGGAGACUGCUCAACUAUCGGGUCUUGAGUUUACAAGCAUCAACGAGAACACCUCCAUCUUCGAACUUGGACUCGACAGUAUCGAUGCCAUCAAGUUAUCAUCCAAGCUCAAGAAGCGCGGAGUGGACAUUCCCGUAAGCGGCAUCAUGCGCGGGCUGACCAUUGCGAAGAUGGUGCAAUUUAUUUCGCCCACAGAAACGCCAACCCAAGCGACUCUGCAGCUGAACCUUGACGCCUACAAGAGAUCAUUGGAGAGGUGUCUCGAACAGCAUACGUUCAACAACGCCAGUGUUGAGGAAGUUCUACCCUUGACACCUUUGCAAGAAGCUAUGGUGGCUGAGAUGAUCGCGUCAGACUACACAAGAUACUACAAUCACGAUGUACUCGAAUUGGAUCCCAAUACAGAAGUCAAGAAGCUCCGAGAGGCUUGGACAGUAGUCGUCGCCGCGUCACCAAUCUUACGGACUGGAUUCGUGGAGGUAGAUGAUCCGCAAUUCGACAAUUCUUUCGUACAGGUUGUCCACAAACGACAUCAUGACUUCUGGACCCGUGUUGAAUUAGAGGGCAGGCCCGACUUUGCCUCGAUCUUUCGUGAACUUCGACAUGAUUCCCUACGGAAGUCGCUUUCAACACCUCGCUUCCACCUUAGCUUCGUGGAGACACCUGGCCAGUGCUACCUUGUUCUCUCCAUUGCUCAUGCUCUAUACGAUGGCUGGUCUCUUGGAUUACUGCAUUCUGAUGUGCAACGAGCUUAUAACGAUGAGUUUAGCCCUCGACCAAGCUACGAGGCUUCUUUGAUCAACAUCGUCACAACAUCCGGAUCUGCUUCCGCAGGCUUUUGGCAAGAUUAUCUCUCGGGGGCCAUAACAAGCUCUUUCCCUCGAAGGACGAACAUCUCCAGCGAGAUUGGCAGCCAUGUUCAUCGCCACGAACGAAAGAGCGCAGUGGUACUAGAUGAACUCCAGCCGUUCGCGAGAAGGUGCAAUGUGUCAUUGCAGACUAUCGGCCAAACCGUCUUUGCUCUCGUUACUGCGUUCUACACCAACAGUCUCGAUGUCACCUUCGGCUCUGUAUUGUCCGGAAGAGACGACGAAGAACGAUCCCAAUUGUUAUUUCCCAUUAUGAACACGAUUGCGAUACGGUCAGUCCUGCACGGAUCUGGAGGAGACAUGUUGCAUUACAUGCAAGACAACUUCACAAGCAUCCAGCAGUGGCAACACUACCCACUUCGGAAAGCACUAUCUGCAGCAGGUGUUGAUGGAAGGCUGUUGAAAAGUCUAUUCAUUUACCAAAAGGGUUUCGCGUCAGAGAAAGACGAGGGAGAAAAGCUGUACACAAGCAUCGAGGGCCAUAGUGAUGUUGAGUAUCCAGUGUGUGUAGAGAUGGAGGUGAUGGACAAGAGCUUGGUAUGGCGCUGUGCGGUGAAAGAGGAGGUGUUCGACGAAGGGGGUUCGAGACAGCUCCUCGAUCGAAUGGAUGACGUGCUUAGACACUUGAUGGAGCAGCCAGAGACGUCUGUCAUUGAGGUCACUACAAACGGCACAUCGGUAUGUGGUAUGCCGGCUUUCGAGCAGAGACGAGGUCGUGCGACAAGCAGCCCUGAGGUAGUCGACGACGAACACGCUGUGGAUCCACUAAGCACCAAAACAGCUCGCAAGAUACGCGAAACGCUGGCCUUUGUGUCAAAGACACCCGAAGAUGGGAUGACGAGCGGCAUGACCAUAUUUCACAUGGGCCUAGACUCUAUCAGCGCGAUCAAGGUCUCUUCUCUUCUGCGCAAACAGGGCAUUAUCCUCGGCGUUGGUGAGAUGCUCCGAGCUGGUACGGUCGAACAGAUGGCAAGUCUUGUGGAUUCGCGCACCACACAGGAGCUGGAAACCAGUUCCGAUCCUCACGAGGUGGUUCGGGAGGCUCUCAAAGAUCUCGAUAGAGCGCACAUCCUAGACCGGGCUCAUAUUGACGAUGCAAGUGUCACCGAAAUUCUACCAGUUGCCGCCGGACAGCUAUACAUGCUGUCGAAGUGGCUAAAUACCAACGGUAGCAACUUUUACGCCGAGUUCACAUACGCCAUCCAUGGAGGUAUUGGUCUCAACGACCUCAAGAACUCGUGGAAAGCCUUGGUUGCGACAAGUCCAGUUCUGCGGUCCUGCUUCGUUGCAACUGGCGAUUGUCGAAUUCCUUACGUAGCAGUCGUGUUGAAAGAUGUGGAAGGCUCUAUCACAGACAUCACAGGCUGCGCAUAUGACGAUGUCCGCAAGCGCGUCCGAGUUACAACGACCACACAGCCAUGGGCCCAUCUCUUCGCCUCACAAACCUCCAGCGGCUGGGCGUUGAAGCUGAAGAUCCACCAUGCAUUGUACGAUGGUGUCAGCUUACCUCUUUUGAUGCAGAAACUGCAAGCUUUCUGCAACGGCGCUAAAGCCGCUCCGCCAGACGAUACAUUUGCCCGAAUUGUCGCCAAUGGAUACAGGGCAUCGGAACGAGAGAAGAAGAAGGCCUUCUGGACGCAGUAUCUCACAAACUAUGCCGAGGGGCUCCUAGUACAGCCUUCUGCGAACCCCACAACGAGAACAGAGCUCUAUAGGCCAGCCUUGUUCGCAACUCCCGAUCUAGAGGCCGCUGCUCGUGAACGCGGUGUCUCAACGCAGUCAACCUUCCUCGCUGCGUACGCAAAAGUCCACGCCACGAACACAUCAAGGACUGAAGACGAAGAUGUGGUCAUCGGUGUCUACCUCGCCAAUCGCUCGCUGCCUAUCAACGAUAUAGCCUCUGCCGCCGUACCAACAGUCAAUCUGCUACCACUACGCGUCAGGCAGCCGCUCGAGCGACGGGUCGUAGAAGUAGCUGUAGAUAUUCAACGCGAUCUGCAAGACAUCAGUAGCCCCAUGAACGCUUCUGCUAGCCUCUUCGAGAUCAGCGAAUGGACGGGUGUCAAGGUCGACACUUUCGUAAACUUCCUGUCUCUGCCGGAUACCCCAGAGGCAGAGGGAGAAACCCAGAGCAAGGACUCUAUCACCAUCAAACCGACUCAACAAUGGCAGCAGCCGGUCAGUAGGGUGACCGAAGUGGAGGAGCACAGCUUGGAACCACCUGCUGAACUAGUGGACGAGCGUGUCAAUGGCGCAUAUUUACAUGCUAUCGAUAUUGAGGCGACAAUCCGCAACGGCGCCUUGGACGUAGGCGUUUUCGCACCAACCGCCAUGCUGAGCCUUCAUGAUAGCGAAGGGCUGAUAUACGAUCUGAGUAGACAACUCGAAGCGCUUUGA